AUGACGAAAUAUGUAAGUCACUUUUUCACACAAUUGUAAAUGACAACAAUCAAUUAUAAGUUAUUACCUGCACCGCACAAAUCUACUUAUUCAUUAAGGCGGGCGCGACCUGCCACGUUUUAAAACCGACCGUUUUAAGAAUAGCUUUAUUAUCUCUUCAUGUCUUAUUUAAAUGCAACUAACUUAUAGGUUAGUUUUUGAAUUUCGUAUUUCAAUAACCUUUUUUAGCAUCUCAUCUCAUCUCUUGUUAGCUUUUUUAUUCCUUUCAAUUAAGAUAGAUUAUUUAAUGUUUUGAUCUAUAAUUUAAUUUUUGUAACGUAAAUACACAAUUCAGUUUUCGAACUGCUAUGUAUUUAUGAAUUAAUAAACUUCAAACACAUAAUUUUCAAGGCAACAUGUAAUGUUUUCCCCGAUUUCCUCACACGCGAUCAAGCCGAAACUGCUCUUUUAAUCAACUCACCCACAUGGAAAGAAUAUAGGGGACGUGUUGGGGUUGAUAUGAAAACUGUGCAUAUACCUUUUGAAAAUCCUAGCUACACCGACCCCUGCAGGCCAUAUCACGACCAGAAUAAUCAAUAUUAUAGAUUGGGAAGCAAAUGAAAUAGCUGAGCAAGAAAGCGAAACUGAGUUCACAAGAUGGUUCAGUGAAAGUAUACACGUCAGAGUGAACACAAUCCUAACUAAAAAUAUCAAGAAAAAAUGAGACAGAAUGAGUUCAUCCUCUCUUGUGAAAACUGAUAGGGAGGAUACUGAUUAUCUGCUCUAUGGACCCAAAUGAUCUCCAUCCCCAACUAGGGGGUGGAGGGGAGGGGCUUGACCUAGCGACUUUGCAAAAUAAACACCCACAAAAUCUCACUAAGGGCUCCUAACCUCUUUUGUCGUUCUCAGUGACAGUUUCGACGAACAUGGCUGGAAGUCAUCUAAACUGUUAAUGUCAGCGCGGAUAUUUUGGCUAGAUUUGCUUUAGAAUUGACUUUAGCUGCUAAAUAGGUGAUUCUUUUUUGAUGGGAUGGGACGGGAUGAGACGGCACUGCCUCUGAUUAUGUCUCUGUUUGGGGAGCUGUAUCUGAUAAGUUUGACGUGUUCCUCGAGGCUUGUGUCUUGGUCCCCUUCUCUUUACAGUAUAUGCAAGCGCACUGUUUGAUGUCGUCGAAAAGCAUCUGCCAAAUGUUCAUUGUUAUGCCGAUGACUCUCAGUCAUACAUCUCGUUUAGUUCCAAGGCGCACUCUGGCCAGGCUGAUGCUGUUGCUGCUAUCGAAGAUUGCAUUCAAAGCAUCGGGCAGUGGAUGUCUCAAGACAAGUUACUUAUGAACGAUGCCAAAACAGAACUUCUUUUGAUUACCACACAGCAAACUGCUCGAGUCACAAUUGAUAGCAUAACUAUCGGACGCUCUUUCAGUGCUCUAUAA